GUCCUUAAAAGCGGCGGGGCCAGGAUAGCCUGGCAGUGUCGACUAUGGCGCAUCCCAACGUCCCGCGGAUGCUGGGCCUGGCCCUGCUGGCGUUCUGCCUCCUGGCGCUGCCCCGCGACACCGAGGCCCGGCCGGGGGAGGUCUUAGUCGGAGGACGGAGGGACCUGGCCCCCAACGAUCCACAGGUUCAGAAGGCGGCGCAGGCGGCCGUGGCCAGCUACAACAUGGGCAGCAACAGCCUCUACUACUUCCGAGACACACGCAUCCUCAAGGCGCAGAGCCAGCUGGUGGCUGGCAUUAAGUACUACCUGACCGUGGAGAUGGGGAGCACAGCCUGCCGGAAGAGUGCGGUGGCAGGAGACCGCAUGGAUCUCACCACCUGCCCCAUGGCCGCGGGAGCACAGGAGGAGAAGCUGCGCUGCGACUUUGAGAUCCUAGUGGUUCCCUGGGAGAACACCUCCAAACUUCUAAAGCACCACUGUGUGCCUGUGUAGUACACCCCUGCCGUCGACCCCUGCAGUCGACCCCUGCGGCCCUGGGUGUGGGAGGGAGUGGGCCCGUCGGUGGAGGGCACUUUAGGUCAGUGGGCCGUAUCUGUUGCAAUAAAUUCCUAGCACUGCUUCUUGCA